AUGUCUCGCAUCCAGAUCCCUCUCGACGUUAUAACGUCCCGCCUCAACUUCGGCGAUCGCUUUCAGGGCCUUCGAUCUGGCCCCCUCAGCGGACGCUUCUCCAACUUGCGACCCGUCGGCGAGUUUCUCGACUUCAAGCGUCUCUCCAAGCCUGCCAACUUUGUCGAGAUGCAGUCGCGCGUCAACUACAACUUGAGCCACUAUUCCAGCAACUAUGCUGUUAUCUUCGUUAUGCUGAGCAUUUACGCCCUGCUCACAAACUGGUUGCUGCUCUUCGACAUCAUCCUUGUAGUUGUCGGCAUGUGGUUCAUUGGCAAGCUCGAUGGCCACGAUCUCGAGAUUGGCACUUUCCGUGCUUCUUGUUCGCAGCUUUAUACUGCACUCGUUUGCGUCGCCGUUCCUCUGGGUCUGAUUGCUUCACCUUUCACUACCCUGCUCUGGCUCAUUGGCGCAUCUGGCGUGACCAUCCUCGGUGGUCGGCCGCAAUCUCCCGAAUUCGCGCCCCAAUGGGGAAGACCAUCGAGGCGCAGUCGGAGGAGAACAGACGGGGACUCUGCGUCUCGCGGACGUCAAGGAAGAGACGUUCGUGUGGAGGAGUUGGAUUCGGACGAGGAUGCACGAGGUGUUGGUGCCAGCUCAGGCACCCGCUUUGCUAGCGAUUCUCUUCGUUUUACGGGAAUAGAUUUGGGUAAUCGAGAACGGGGCUUGGUACGAAGGGGUGAUUAUCAGGAUUCGGAGGACUCGGAGGAUGACAGUGAGAGCAGUGAGGAUGAGGAGUUUGAACAGUAUCUUGCCGAACUGGCUGUUCGUGAUCGGGAGGAAGCACUGGUCCAGUCGGCAAUGCACAGAAUCGAGCGUGCAAAGGCCAAAGGAAGAACAGAUGUUGAUCUCAAUGAGGAAGAGAUGGGUGCCCUGGAGCGACGACGAAAGAGAGACGAGGCAGCGAAGAAGAAGAAGAGCGGCAAGAAGCGUAAAGACCAGCGAGUCGCUGUGCCUCUUACCCAGCUGGAGCCGUCAUCGCGCAAAAAGAAAGCACCCACAGUCUCUAGUCAACCACGCACACAGUCGCGAGCCCGGCAAUCUUCUAACAGCAACCUUGCCGAGGAUCAAGACCGUCCGUCGCGACCUUCCAUGGGCUAUUUCCCACCGCCAGCGACAGCCGGCCGACCACGCUCAGGGACCUCGUCGCAAAGACCUCAAAGUCGAGUGAGGGCCCCUUCUAAUAGCCGUCAGCCUUCUGAUAGCUCAGUGAUUGUUCGUCGGGGUAGGAACUCGAGUCAAGCUCCCCUCGAUCCCUUCCAGUUCCAGGUUCCAGGCGCCCAGGCCUCUAGUCCAGCUGGAUCAUGGAGACAAUUCUCAGGGGCUCAGCGUUCAUCACGGGGAUCUCGUCAAAUCAACGGGUCAAGCGAGGAACAGAGCGAGAGCGAGGAUGAGUCUGAUGAGGAAAGAGAAGCAUCAGUAGAGACGACAUCUAGUGAUGAUGUUGGCAGUGGAGCUCAGAUUGUCGUUGAGGAAUCGUCUCCUGAGCCUUCUAAGCCCGAGCCAGUCAGGAGAAAUCCGCCUCGUACUUCUGCUUCAUCAUCCACGUCCAAGCGAAAGCCUGCGGCGAAUGGUGGGCGAAGGAAAAAGUAA